UUUUGAUCUUGAUACACCUUCGUUCGUUCCUUUCCCUUCCUUUCUUUCUGGGUACGGAGUGGUGAAGAGGAAAGAUAGACAAAAUGGUUCACGCCGACUCAUCGAAUUUCAAAGCCGAUAUCUCGAAGGAGGAGGCGUAUAAGCAGGUCUUGGAACAGGCUGAGGCGUUGUUUGAGGGACAGAGAAAUUGGGAAAUCAGCAAUCUGGCGAAUGCGGCAAGUCUGUUGUGGCAUGCAUACAAGAGUCUUCCGAGUCCGAGUAAGGACGUGAACUGGGCUGGCUUCUACGUCCUCGACCCAAUCGUCUCCAACCAACUCAUCCUCGGCCCCUUCCAAGGCAAAGUAGCAUGCCAGACCAUUAAAUUCGGCAAAGGAGUCUGCGGGACUGCUGCGGAGAGAAAGGAGACUGUGUUAGUGGAGGAUGUUGAGGAGUUUCCGGGGCAUAUUGCUUGUGAUGGAGACUCGAAGAGCGAGAUCGUUGUCCCGAUCCUGGUAGGUGGGAAGACGGUGGCGAUUAUCGAUGUUGAUUGUGCGGUGGUGAAGGGGUUUGAUGCGGUUGAUAGGGAGGCAUUGGAGAGGUUGGCGGGGUUGAUUGGUGGGGCUUGUGAUUGGUAGAACUUUGAGGUUGUAUAUAAGCAAGGUCUUUGAGUCGUUUGGGCUAUCAAGUUGUCUCUAAAUACGAGGAAUUCAAACCAAAUCAAUGCCAACCUGGUUAUUACUCAAUUAAGGAGAAAAUUGAUCACUACGAAUAGUAUU